UAUUGUUGUUGCAUUAAUGCAUUAUAUUUUUGCCAUUUGUAGGGCGAUUUUUAUCGUAUAUAAUAAAUAAAAUGUAAGCAGAUCAAAAUGCCGCGAUUAGCACCUUUGAGGAUUAGUGUUAGGGAUUGUUUAAUUUUGGUUUUAUUAGUAAUUUUUAACACAAUACAUAUUACUGAUAUGGCAAACAGUAAUAAUAUGGAACGAUCAAGCAAAGAAAGUAAAUUGAAAGAUACCAAUGAUAAGGGAGUAAGCUUCAGUGAAAAUGAAGAGUACUUAAAAAGUUGCUUAGGUAAUACGUCCGAUUGUUCGACGCUGCAGUACCCAUGCAUAGAGUGCCACCGGAACAACGACUGCCGAUAUGGCAGUAUGGAUAAUUACACAUGUGAAGUCAAGCCCAAAGUAUCUUGUAAUGGUCCAAAACAAUUCAACAGGACUGCAAUGUGUCGCUAUUGCUACCAAACUGACAAAUGGGAGCAUCGCUGUGAACAGAAAGCCAACUGCAACUCCCUUGCCUCUCCUCUCAAGUUUUAUGCGACCAAUUGCACGGUCUCUGAUGAUGUAAUCUGCCUUGGAAAAAGAAGAUUUUUAAAAAAGAUUCGUUGUUCAUGGACUGGAGGCACUCGCUGGGGUACUGCGCUUAUUCUAGCAUUGACUCUCGGAGGGUUUGGAGCAGACCGGUUCUACCUCGGGCACUGGCAGGAGGGUAUAGGGAAAUUGUUCAGUUUUGGAGGCCUUGGAGUUUGGACUCUGGUUGAUGCAUUGCUUAUUGGCAUUCACCACUUAGGGCCAGCUGAUGGCUCUGUGUAUAUUUAGUCAUUAACCCUUAAAUGCAUGAUUUUUUGUAUAACUUUUUAAUAAAUUGAAAUAGAUGUGUCAUGCUGUAUAAAAGUAAUAAAUGUGAUUUUGGAUAGCUGCAUAUUGAGCCACGGACCAUCAAAUAUACGAUGCAUAUAUACAUCAUUAUGCAUUUAAGGGUUAAGUAUGAAUAUGUAAAAUCUGUAAAGAGAAUCUGUGAAAUUAUGUUUAACGUGUCUGAAGUAAUAAUAAUGUUAUUUAUUAAAUAGUUAAGUAUA